CCUCUCUCUUCCUUCCACUCGUCCUUCUUCUGAAACACUACCACGCUCUCAUCCAGCAGCCUUGCGGUACAGCUGUCUUCUUCAAAUACAUCCUGCCAUUCCCUAACUUCUUCUUCCUCCUCUUCCUCCUCCGCUAAUCCACUUAACCACCACCACCACCAUCACCACCACAACCAACGACUCCCAUAUUCCAAACAACGUCUCACCACCAUACCGCCGAACAAACCACCAUGGCCGACACGUCCAACCCCCCACAACCCAUCAUCUCCCCGCCCACCUCAUCAACAACCCUCCCCUCCCAAACAACACCAACAACAACCACAACCCCAGACCCCAUAUCUCCCCCCUCCACCACCUCAACCUCAACCACCACGCUCCCACCGCCUCCAUCCUCCUUCCCCCACAAAUCCUCCGCAGGCCUCAUAUCCCCCUCCCUCCCCUUCAUCUCCACCUCCACGCCCGCCAUCAACGAAAACGACCCCGUGGAACUCGACACCACCACCACCACCACCACCGCAUCCAACGACAGCAAGACAGGCACGAACGUAUCGCCCAGUCUCCGCGAGGAAGACGACAUCGCAGCGGAGUUCCUCGCCGAGGGCGGGGAAGCGGGCGACGCGGGCAGGGUUGUUCGGGAGAAGCGAGCGGAGAUGAUAGCGGAGCGGGCGAGGGACCCGAGCGUUAUCGUCGAUGUGCCGAGGGAGCCGACGGCCGAGGAGGUCGAGGCGGCGAGGAGUGGGGAGGGGGUUGUUACGCCGGGGUUGGGGGGGAGGGAGUUUGGGGGACGGUAG